CGGCAGGGUGACUUCCGGUUUAUAACGCAGUAUAAUAACAGCGAUAAAUACUGACUAAUUAUCAUUCCAGAUAAAAUGCUGAUGUUAUCUUUUGAGAUCAUUACUUUCAAUGAAGAACAUAACUACAAUUGAUUGGGCUGCUAGAUUGGUAGCAACGUGAUGGACCACACACACAAGAGUAUAACAUGCAGGGACUAUUAGUGUUUACCAAUAAUUUAACUUGGAUUGGCAUAAAAAUGGCGAAAUUAAAGUGAUUUUAUAUAUCGUCAUAUACCUGUAUCAUAAUUUUGUAAAUGGGUUUAAUUAUUCGAUAUGAACUGCAAACAAGCUUCAUUGUAUUUGUAACUCCAUUCGUAUAAUGACCGUCAUGGAUUAUCCAAUAAGGCUCCAUGUGGCGGACUAUGUUGUCCUUGGAUUUGGAAUAGCUGCAUCUUUUGCAACAGGUGUCUUUUACGCAAUCAAAGAGCGCAAACAUUCAACGUUACUUCGGUUUCACAGAGGAGAUGGAAAAUUAAAUGCCAUUCCAGUGGCAAUUUCGCUACUUGUGACGCUAGAAUCUUCCAUUUUCUACCUUGGAUACCCGACUGAAAUCUACAUCUACGGAUCAAUGUAUUGGCUAGUGAACAUUGGAUUAAUUCUUGGUUUUCUUGCCAUGUUUUUCAUAAUAAUCCCCCUGUUCUACCCACUGCAAAUUACAAGUGUGUAUGAGUAUCUUGAAAUGAGACACGAAUCUAGACUACUUCGUCAGAUUGCAAUGUGGAUGGGGACAUUUGUCAUGAUAAUAUACGCGGGAAUUGUCAUUUUCGGGGCAGCUAUAGCCAUGGAAUCAGUGACGGGGGUCCGUGUAUGGGUCUUCAUAAUCGCAAUCACAGUUUCCGCAGUAAUAUACACGUCGCUUGGUGGAAUAAAAGCAGUUGUGGUCACCGACGUCGUACAAGGGGUGAUAAUGAUGAUCGUCAUUUGCGCAGUUGUCAUUUAUGGAACUAUAAAAGUAGGAGGAUUUUCAGAAGUGAUAGCUAUUAACAAGCCAGCUGGACGUUUGGAUUUGAUUGAUUUCGACCCCAAUCCUUACAAAAGACACACGUUCUGGACACUGGUCAUAGGAUAUGGUUGGAUUUGCGCGGGGAUAUCGUUUCGGCAACCAAUUGUUCAAAGACUUAAUUCUACUCGGUCUAUAAAUGAAGCCAAGAAGGUCGUAGCUCUCGCAAUACCCGGAUUCGUGAUAAUGCAAGCCCUUGUUAUGUUUGAAGGUUUGGUGGCCUAUGCCUAUUUUUCAAACAAAAGAUGUGACCCACUUGCUUCCGGAGCCAUCUCAAACCCUAACCAAAUAGUGCCGUAUCUGGUUAUGGACCUUUUCCAGGACGUACCGGGCAUUGCAGGGCUUUUUUUAGCUGCUCUAUGCAGCGCGUCUCUGAGCACAAUUUCCUCUUUAUUGAGUGGCGUCUCGGCCGUCGCAUCGGAGGACAUUGUUCGACCACGCUUGAAACACAAAUCAGAAAAGUACCUGACUAAUAUUUCAAGACUCAUAAUUGUUUUGACUGGUGCAGUAUGUAUUGGCGUAGGGAUACUCUUUAGCUACGUAGAGGGAGCCCCAAUGGGACAAAUUGCAGACAGCAUUCUCGGCGCUGUGGAUGGACCCGUUUCAGCAGUAUUCUAUCUCUCAAUAUUCUGCAAGUUCACAACACGGCGCGGUCUCUAUGUCUGCAUCGUAGUUGGUUUGUGUUUUGCCUUAUGGAUGUCACUUGGCUACAACUUCUCGCCAGGACGUAGGAAGACGCCAUGGCUACCUCUUGGACCCACUGAUGGAUGUACAGUUAACAACUUUACAACCUUCGACAAUAUAUCUUUGAACCAGCAGAACACUUUUCAAUCUCAAAUAAAUAUAAGCACUAUUUUGAACACAACGACUGGCAGCAGAGACGCAAAUAACACGCCGUCUGUAUGUUCCAUUGAUGGCAACAGUAGUACGCCUUUGAACUCGGGACGCACUGACGGACGCAUUGAAGGGCUGGAUUGGUUGUAUUCUAUUUCGUACAUGUACAUUUCAUUACUUGUCUCAAUCGUCACAAUAACAACUGGUCUCAUUGCAAGCAGGUUAACAAAAGACAGACCAAAACCCGUACCAAAAUAUUUGAUGUUAAAGCUGAAUCGGAGAUUCCUUAAAUGUAUGCCAAAUUAUGCGGCACUAGCUGCAACGGAACCCCUUGAAAACGGAGAGCAACAAGAAAGCUCUUGCUAAAACAUAAACUAAUUUCCACAUGCAUGCACUAUGGAAGGGCAAGGGGUUAUACUUCCAAAUCGCGAAUUGAAAUUUUAAUACUGUUUUGUUUUUCAUUUUCUAUAUGUGAUAAAACUGUGCCUUUGGACCUAACUGUUGGCAAGCACAUGUUGCCACUUCUAGAAGCAUUUUAGAAAAUCGUUACCGAAACAUCAAUCUAUAUGAACCCCAUUUACUGAUUUAUGAGAGUUUAUUUGAUCUUCCUGUUAUUUAUGUUUUCUAAAAAGAAUCUGUUGCUAUUUCAAUCUAUAUAUGAUAGUUUACUAUAACCAAACGGAAAAGUGUAAUAUGAUUCGUGCUAAAUGCUAUUACGCUUUCUGCUUUAAAGCUGCACUCUAACAGUAAAUAGAAAUAUAUCAUUUUUUGUGUAUACUUUAAUGCGAUGCUUUAUUUCUAGCACUCAAAUUAAACAACUUAAUUGUUAAUUGUAAUUAAAUAUAGCAAAGUAAGCACUCAACGACCUGAACAUUUGUAAAAUGAAAUUUAAUUAAAGACAUUAACCUUUCAAUUUCUUGUUUAUUUGGCAAGUGCAAACCUCUGGCGGGAAGUCGAUAUUUUAUUUGUCUCAGUUAAAUUGUCUUUUAUUUUUUCUUGGCACCAAAAACCAUUUUUAGACUUGCCUGUUUUUAACUAACUAAGUUAGUUUGAACAGUAAAAUAUGUCAGAUUUUACAAAAUUAAUGUGUUAGAUUUUAAGUCCUCAAUUUUAAUAUUUUGUGACUUCAAAACGUUUAAACGUUUAAACUUAAACCACAAGACAAAAAAUAAAAAAAAGUUGUUGAAAAGUUCAAUCUGUGAGAGUGCAGCUUUAAAAAACACAGUGAGGAAAUAUGUUUUUAUGAAAUAAUAUUGAAACCUCAAAAGCGAUUAACGCAUGAUCAAAUUGAAGGCUUUGAUGAAUUUUAAAGCUUCUUUUUAUUUGCGCUUUUUUGGAAUGGUAAUCUUCUCAUGUGAGUUUGAAAAAAAUACGCUACAUCACUUAUGCAUUAAGAUUGAAUAGUAAAUAUUUCUAUAAAUAAUAUUAACUGAAUGUUAUCCAGGUGUUACGCUCCAAUGAUUUUAAAGAUUUAUACCUUCAAACCUGUAAUGAUUUGAGGAAAACCUGGCUGGCAGAAAGUUUUUUUCAUUUCGUUCACAUGGACUGCGUUUUUUUUUGCCAGAUUUUAAAAUCUAUAUGUCAAAUGAAUGUCUAGCAGAGUUCUGGGUAUGCGUAUAGCAUGUUGCAGAUUAUGUCAAUGUUAGAGAAACACCAACUAUUCAGCUUUUGUUUAAAAUCAUGAAGCACCUUGACUUGUUAAGCAUAAUAAUUUGUCUGAUUAACGUAAAUAGUGCAUACAUGUAGCAUGAAUUAGUAAUGGCUAAAAGUGUUACUAACACUAAUACAAAAUGCAUAAAAUAUCAAGUUUUGGUCAUGAAUAUGAAAAACCGCGAUCGGAUUUUUUUGUCAGCAGUCUUAUAUCACUGGUUUCCAUGCAUUUUCGCAAAUAAUGGCUUGUUCAAAGACAAAAAAAAAAAGUUGUUUAACAAAGUUAGUAUUCUUGCCUUUUUGCGAUCAGACAGAAUGUUAAUAAGAAAUCUAUUAGAGGCCUUAAAAUACAGCAAAUUAAUUUAUUCCUUUCUAAUUCAUGAAUAUUAACAAAUUCACGGAACAAAGCCAUGAGAGUGUGGCUAUUAGGAUAAUGCAAGUUGUAACUGGAAGCCAAACUUGAGAACGCUCCUAUUAUACCCUAUCAGUCUUGCGUGCCAUUACAUGCCCUCCUGACUGACAACGCUCAUUAUCCAGUUGUGCUCUACGUCUUCUGUGGGCUUGUAUCAGUUUUCAGCGGUUUAUUGUGAUUCUGUAAUAUAAUUAAUCAAACCAAAGUUUGCGCUAACUUGUCAGAUAAUUAUUGAUAUGUUUGUGGUUAUUGUAAAACCUGCACGUUUUUUAUCACAAGUUUGUUUGCUUGUUUAAUAACCAGGGUGAAAAACCUUCUUUAUGCAGUAUUUA